CGGGCCAGCGCGGCGGGCGAUGCCGUCGGGGCCCUGAGGAGCGUCGUUCGAUGGGCCGCCGCCGCCUGCUCUGCGCCUGGCUCCUGCUGGCGGGCCAGCUGGCGGCCUGGCCCCAGGCCGUCCAGCCCUCCUCGACCACCAGCGCCUCCGCGCCGCACCACCCGCGCUGGUCCGACGCCGUGCUCAGCCUGGUGCGCCGAGGCCGGAACGUGUCGGCCGCUCUGCAGCUCGUGCACGAGUCACAGCACUGGACCGCGUGCAGCCGCGUCUCACUCGCGCCGCUGGGCGUGCGGCCCAACGCGCGCGCCACCACCUCGCCGCUCCUGGAGCGCCAGGCGCAGGUGGCCGUGCGCACGGCCAACCUGCUGACCUCGCUCUCGGCGCGGCUGCAGAACGACACCGAGCUGGUGUACGGCGAGGACCUCUACUACACGCUGGCGCGCAUGAACGUGCUCAGCGAGGACGGCGUGCUGGGCAGCGGCCUGCUGGUGGUGCCCCGGGGCCGCGAGGCGCCCGUGCUGAGCGUGUUCGCGUACGCGUCCCCUUCCGGGGGCCUCGCCUUCCACCGAAACUACUCGUACGAGGCGGACUCGGUGGACCAGUGCGCGUGGUUCGCCCGCCUCGCCGGCGCCAACUACACGGCGUGGCUGCUGCGGCGCUACGGCACCAGCGUGCUCGACGUGGCCAGCGGGCUGCAGGUGGCCGCCCGCGACGGACUGUGGACGGCGCCGUACUUCGACUGCGCCGUCACCGACGCCUGGGUGGCCACGUUCGCGCUGCCCUUCCUCGGCGUGCGCAGGGACAACUCGCUCGUGUUCAGGUGA